UGGUGCUGCGGAUGUGCUCACUUCUGGCCCUCACACUAUGGGGCCUCUCGCCUCGGGAACGUUUCCUGAUUUGACGUGAUCGGCCUGACGUCAUAACCACGGAGAGAAAAAGUCUUUCUAAGCGCUGCACUCACAACUCGCCCGCCCGCCCGCGCGCCCGAAAGGCUCGCUCGAAAGGGCAGCCAUGAAUGCGAAAAUAUGCUUCGUCAUGCUUCUGUUCCACUGUUGCAGCGCCCACGAGCAGUUCCCGGGCAACUCUCCGCUCUCGUGGCUUCGGAAACGCAUCUUCGGCACGACCAACAACGAGGAACGAUUCGUCAACCGUUUGGCCACCGCCACCCAGAGCCUGGUCACCCUCAUGAACGACCCAGUCGUACUGGCGGAACUUAACAGGUACUACGGCAUGCUGCUUCGGAACCCCGACGUCUCCAAAAUCGUGGACUCGGUACGGCCUCCGAGCAAGCGACCUUCAUCAACUCGACUCACCUCUGUCGCACCCACGGCCAUGCCCCCGACGACGACGUCAAUGUCGACUCCGUCGGCAACGGGAGAUCCGGAACUGUCGACGACUCUGACAACAACGACCGCGGGCAACACAACUGUGACCACAACCACCGCUGGUCCCGUCACUAGUACCACCGCAGGAAGCGAGGACGCCUCUCCGUGGAAACACGACGGCACCAGUUACGUGAACACCGUGAACGGUAUCAAGUACCGCUUCUACUUCGACCCCAAGCAGGUGUCUCGUCCCAUCGACGACGAGGCCCGGGCCCGAGUCCGCCGCCACUUGAACAUCGUGCGGUUCAAUGACGUGGACAACUGCGUCUCGUACCUCAUCUGCGAGAUGUCCAGGUACCCGCUGCGCUACGGUUCGCUGGGCGUCAAGGUGGACCGGUUCUUCAGAUACCCCAUGUGGGACACGGACUCUUCGGCUGCGCACUACGCUGCCGUAGCUCGACAUGGCCGUCGCUACGGAGGCUGCCGCGGUCGCAUCUCGUCCUGCCGUCAUCCGAUUGGGCCGCUCUUCCAACGCCACUACAGCUUCCGUUACGGACAAUAGUGAGCU